AUGGAACCAGGCUCACGGAAAUGCAUUCCACAAGAAGGCUGUGCAACUCUUCGGCUCAGGCUGUGCAGCAGAGGAAAUAAACUUAGGGGGGCCACCCAAAGAGCAUCAGCCAUGGUAGCUUUAACCUCUGCUUUUUCAAAAUCAACUACUACUCCUAACACUCCUCAACAUGGACCACCUCCAAGAAUGCUAGCUCUGAUCCUCACUGGUUCUCCAGAUUGUUGUAUUCUUGCAAUUGAUAUUAAAACAAGAUCUCCAAUUAGUUAUGGAUGGAUGUUCAUACAAUUAGGUAUUAUUUUCAAUAUUCAUACAGUUAGUUAUGGAUGGAUGUUCCAGUUAACUAGAAUUGGUCGAGAUGCAGUUUUAUAUGUUGAGUCGCUCAUUGAGUCAAUCAUGGGAGGAUUGGAAGGGCUAAUCAACAUUCUUGAUUCUGAAGGAGCUUCUACCAGAAGUCAGCUGAAACUACAAAUGGCUUUUGAUGGGCAGGAAAGAUAUAUGAAGAGAUCUUGGGAGCCAAGUGAUAAAGCUGAUCUUCACUUUGUCUACAAAGAUGUUGAAGGAGUAUCAACUCAAUGGGAUGAUAUUCAAAGAAAACUCAGGAACUUACCUCCCAAACCCUCUGCCUUCAAACUCGAUCCCUUCACUCCUGUAGAAGACGAAGAUUCCAAACCUAAAACCAAAUCUCGGAUCGAUAACAAGACAGAAGAACUCAAAGAUUUAGAAGAUGAUCUUGAUGAUAGUUGUUUCCUUGAAGAAUACAAGUACCUUCAACUCCCUUAA